AUGAGUGUUGCAGGGGCUGCUUGGGUCGGCACGGCCCCCCGCUUAAUCAGGACGUCGGUACAAUGCCCGCGACAUUGCAGUAAUCUCUCCCGCAAAGCUCAGACAAGACAUUUGUCCAAGUCUACCACUCUCAGAAAACCCACGAUUAGACGUCCUUUGCCCUCGAACCAGACACGGCUGUUCUCGGCAACACCAGCCUCUUAUGCGACCAAGGACCCCUACAAGACCCUCGGCGUUGGUAAGGAUGCCUCCGCAUCCGAGAUCAAGAAGGCAUACUACGCCCUGGCGAAGAAGUUCCAUCCCGAUACGAAUAAAGACCCUGGCGCGAAAGAGAAAUUCACAGAUGCGCAGGCGGCAUAUGAGUUGCUGAACGACCCUCAAAAGAAAGCCGCGUUUGACCAGUUUGGUGCCGCUGCCUUCGAUCAAGGAGCUGGGUUCGAUCCGGGUGCUGCAGGGGCCGGUGGACAUCCUUUCGGCGGAGGCGGGAAUCCAUUCUCUGGCUUCGGUGGAGGGUUUGGCGCCGAGUUCAACUUUGAAGAUCUCUUCGGCGCAUUUACUGGUGGUCGUCGUGGCCGGCGAGGGCCCUCGCCGUUCCAAGAGGAGAUCCUGGUCGGCGACAACAUUGAGGUUCAAACAAACAUUUCUUUCAUGGACGCCGCCAAAGGUGUGACCAAAAACAUUACAAUUACACCCCUGGUGCAGUGCGGCACGUGCCACGGCGCAGGGCUGAAGCCGGGAUCUCAAAGACAAACAUGCAAAUCAUGUAACGGGACAGGAACAAGAGUUCAUGUGAUGCAGGCUGGUUUCCAGAUGGCUUCGACCUGUUCUACCUGUAGCGGUACUGGAACGGUUAUUCCCAGAGGGUCGGAGUGUCAUACAUGUUCUGGUAACGGGGUCGUUCGACAGCGGAAGACCAUCUCCGUCGACAUUCCUCCCGGUGUGGAAGACCAAAUGCGCCUUCGGGUAGGGCUCUCUGGGGACUAUCCUGCCACGGGCACGACGACGAAUCCAAAUGUGAAGGCUCAGCCGGGCGAUCUAUAUGUUUUCAUUCGAGUGGCGCCAGACGCAAGAUUCAGUCGAAACGGGGCGGAUAUUCUCCACACCGCCUCAAUAGCAGUGACAACUGCGUUACUAGGAGGUGAAGUGACUGUGCCCACACUUGACGGAGAAGUCAAGGUGAGAGUGCCACCUGGGACAGCAACCGGCGAUAGGAUAACAUUAGGUGGAAUGGGCAUGAAGAGACUCGGUGGGCGAGGAGCGUCUGCAGGCGACCUUCGCGUGGAGUUUAAAGUGGCCAUGCCAAGGUCGUUGAGUGCCAAUCAGCGAACACUCUUGGAGAUGCUAGCAGAUGAGAUGAAUGACAAGACGGCGAAAAGAACCAUGAACCUGAACCAAUUCAAACAGGACAAUAAGCCGUCGAAGCCAUCCAGCAAGCCUGCAGACCACAAAAAUGAGGGAUUCCUCAAGUCGGCCUGGCACAAACUGACACAUCAGCACGAUAACUUGGACCCCGAAAUAGAGGGCAAACAGUCGAAAGACGGCAAGUCGGAGUCCAAGGACGACGAAGUACCAAAAAAGGCGUCAGGUUCUGGAUAA